UCUUGGCCGAGGAAAAAAAAAGGAGGACAAAAACUGAAAGAAGACGAGGAGCUCGCGACCCCAAAACCCUAACCCCUGUAACUCUCGGCGGCGGCGGCGGCGGCGAUGGCGGACGGAGGCGGUGGACGGGCGGCGGAGCUCAAGGACCAGGGGAACGAGCAGUUCAAGUCGGGGAACUACCUCAAGGCCGCCGCGCUCUACACGCAGGCCAUCAAGCUCGACUCCGACAACCCCACCCUCUACAGCAACCGAGCUGCUGCAUUUCUGCAGCUGGUUAAGCUUAAUAAGGCACUUGCUGAUGCUGAGACGACAAUAAAACUGAAACCAGAAUGGGAGAAGGGUUAUUUCAGGAAAGGAUGUGUUUUGGAGGCCAUGGAGCAGUAUGAGGAGGCAAUAUCUGCUUUUCAAAUAGCUUUGCAGCACAAUCCACAAAAUACAGAAGUCGCGAGAAAGAUCAAGAGGCUUACUCAGUUAGCAAGGGAACAGAAGCGAGCUGUUGAUGUGGAGAACCUGCGUUCCAAUAUUGACAUCGGGAAGAACUUGCAGUCAUUGAAAAAGGAGCUGGUUACAAAGUAUGGAGAUGGAGAAAUGGGACAAAAUAUAUUCUCAUUUGUUAUCAGUGUGAUUGAAUCAGCGAUAAAGGUUUGGCAUGACACAGGAAAGGUGGAUGCUAAGGUCAAUUUUCUUCUUGAUGAUCAGAAGACUGACACUGAAAAAUAUGCCCCAGUGGUUAACAUUGAGAAGGCCUUUGAGUCACCCCAUACCCAUGGCAGUUGCUUCGCAUAUUUGCGGCAAUACUCUGAGGAGUCUUUUUCAAAGGCUGCCUGUAUGGUAGCACCUAAGAGCAUCAUCUCCUAUCCACAGGUCUGGAAAGGGCAAGGAUCAAGAAAAUGGAAGCUUGACCAGAGUGAUGGGUUCUUUGUACAAUUUGAAUCACCAAUUUUACGGAAGAUAUGGUUUGUUGCUAGCACAACAGAGAAGGGACGAGCAUUGUGCAGGAGCCCUGAGCCCUUGGACAUUACCAUCCACGAGAUCCUUCCUCGUAUAUUCAAAGAGAACGAAACCAGUGCUUGAACGACAGGUGCACCGUCGACGAGAUCUUGAUUCCACCACCCCUGACUGCGUGAUCUGUAUUGCUCGCGGUGGUUUACGGUUGAGAAGGGGGCAGGUAUUUUCUCACACAGGAAGAACUGAAUGCCAUAUGUCUUGUAAACCGACGAUCCAGUGUCGGUGUCAUGUACACCCAGGCACUCCAAUUUUGUUGCUGUGUGGUUUUUGCUGUAUGCAGUGUAUACAAGCUUUGGUGGGGUUAUGCUAGUUGCGUUUCUUUCGUUCCUAAAGAGAGAUAUUCCAGUGUGCAUUAGAUGCUUGUGCUCUGAUUUUAUUGUGUUAUGGCUGGCCUCACACUUUUUUUAAUAGAUAUAAGCCCCACAUUGUUGUGAUGUUGAAGCA